AUGGGGUUUAGCAGGGGAGAUCUUGUUGAAGUUGUAAGCAAAGAAGAUGGAUUUCUGGGUUCUUAUUAUGAAGCAAUUGUUGUGUGUCAACCUCUCAAAAAAGAUUACAUCGUGCAGUAUAAAACCCUAUUGAAAGAUGAUCAAUCGGAUCCCCUGACGGAGUUUGUUACCCACUCAGAACUCCGGCCAGUUCCGCCGGAGAUUCCGGUGAGUAGAUUUAAUUUGAAUGAUCAAGUUGAUGCGUUUGGUAAUGAUGGAUGGUGGGUUGGAAGAAUUACUGGUAAAAUUGGGAGUAGGUAUUUUGUGUAUUUUGAAUGUAGUGGAGAUGAAUGUGGGUAUUUUAUAAGUGAUUUGAGAGUUCAUCAAGAUUGGAUUGAUGGGAAAUGGGUUUGUUCAAAAUAG